CCGCCGCGCAGCCAAUCGCAGCCGCCUCCCCGCCGCCGGGAAGAGGAAGAGCGACACUCGGCCUCCUCCUCCUCCUGCGCGCGCGGCGGCGGCUGCGGGGUCACGAACUCUGACCUCUCGCUGCGAGCGCCGGCCCCCGCCCCGCGACCCCGGCGGGCCCGCCCGCACCCGCCGCCGCGCGCCCCGCACCCGGCCCUGGGCCGCGCCGCCAGGAACCCCGUGUGCAGACCUCCCAGCCGGAAUCUCCAGGGAUGACCAGCCCCUCCCCGCGUAUCCAGAUCAUCUCCACAGACUCGGCCGUCGCCUCGCCCCAGCGCAUCCAGAUUGUCACUGACCAGCAGACAGGACAGAAGAUCCAGAUUGUCACCGCAGUGGACACCUCCGGGUCCCCCAAGCAGCAGUUCAUCCUGACCAGCCCUGAUGGCGCUGGAGCGGGCAAGGUGAUCCUGGCGCCCCCAGAGGCCUCCAGCGCCAAACAGCUCAUAUUCACCACUGCGGACAGCCUGGUCCCAGGCAGAAUCCAGAUUGUCACGGACUCUGCCUCUGUGGAGCGGCUGCUGGGGAAAGCCGACGGCCCUCGGCCCCAGGUGGUGGAGUACUGUGUGGUCUGCGGGGACAAGGCCUCUGGCCGUCACUAUGGGGCCGUCAGCUGUGAAGGCUGCAAAGGGUUCUUCAAGCGGAGCGUGAGGAAGAGCCUGACCUACAGCUGCCGCAGCAACCAGGACUGCGUCAUUAACAAGCACCACCGCAACCGUUGCCAGUUCUGCCGGCUCAAGAAGUGCCUGGAAAUGGGCAUGAAGAUGGAGUCUGUGCAGAGUGAAAGGAAGCCCUUUGAUGUCCAGCGGGAAAAACCAAGCAACUGCGCUGCUUCAACUGAGAAAAUCUACAUCCGGAAAGACCUGAGGAGUCCUCUGAUUGCCACGCCCACGUUUGUGGCAGAGAAGGAUGGAGCCAGCCUUGCAGACAUGGGGGCAGGAGGGCAGGCCCUGGGCUGCCGCCACACGCUGGAAGCUCCUCUGCGUCUCUCACAUAGACAGACGGGUCUUCUUGAUCCAGGGAUGCUCGUCAACAUCCAGCAGCCUCUCAUCCGAGAGGACGGCACCGUGCUUCUGGCCGCUGAGUCCAAGGCUGAAACGAGCCAGGGGGCUCUGGGCACACUGGCCAAUGUAGUGACCUCUCUCGCCAACCUGAGUGAGUCCCUCAACAAUGGUGACACGUCCGAAAUGCCACCCGAGGACCAGUCAGCAAAUGAGAUUACUCGGGCAUUUGAUACCUUAGCUAAAGCACUUACUACCACAGACAGCUGCUCACCACCGAGCCUGGCCGAUGGCGUGGACGCCGGCGGGGGCGGCAGCAUCCACGUCAUCAGCAGAGACCAGUCCACACCCAUCAUCGAGGUAGAGGGCCCCCUCCUCUCAGACACCCAUGUCACAUUUAAGCUUACGAUGCCCAGCCCAAUGCCCGAGUAUCUGAAUGUGCACUACAUCUGCGAGUCUGCGUCCCGCCUGCUCUUCCUGUCCAUGCACUGGGCCAGGUCCAUCCCCGCCUUCCAGGCGCUUGGGCAGGAAUGCAACACCAGCCUGGUGCGUGCCUGCUGGAACGAGCUCUUUACCCUCGGCCUGGCGCAGUGUGCGCAGGUCAUGAGUCUGUCCACCAUCCUGGCGGCCAUCGUCAACCACCUACAGAAUAGCAUCCAGGAAGAUAAGCUUUCUGGUGACCGGAUAAAACAGGUCAUGGAGCACAUCUGGAAGCUGCAGGAGUUCUGUAACAGCAUGGCAAAGCUGGGUGUAGACGGCUAUGAGUACGCAUACCUCAAAGCCAUCGUUCUCUUUAGCCCGGAUCAUCCAGGCUUGAGCAGCACGAGCCAGAUAGAAAAGUUCCAAGAAAAGGCUCAGAUGGAGCUGCAGGACUAUGUCCAGAAGACCUAUACAGAGGACACCUACCGACUAGCUCGCAUCCUUGUCCGCCUGCCGGCGCUCAGGCUCAUGAGCUGCAGCAUCACAGAGGAACUGUUCUUCACCGGCCUCAUCGGCAACGUCUCCAUAGACAGCAUCAUCCCCUACAUCCUCAAGAUGGAGACGGCUGAGUAUAACGGCCAGAUCACCGGGGCCGGCCUCUAGUGCCCACCCACCCAAGGAGCCUCUGGGCCUCGCAUGCAGAGACCCGGCGCUGUGAUGUGUGCACCUUUCCUGCCUGGUUUCUCACCUGUUGGCCCCAGACAACAGCAGCUAAAGACGAGUCGGACCCUUUCCUGCCACAAGAAACGUCUUAAAAAGCCUUUUGAUGAAGCAACAGGUUUUGGAACAAUCAUUUAACUCUACUUGUAUUUAGACAUUCUCAAAGGGCAAAAGAAAGUUUUAUACUAUCAGACUUGUAUUAAAGAGAACCUCCGAGGACAGUAUGUGUGUACAUAUAUAUAUACACACACAUAUAUAUGUAUGUAUAUAUGUGUAUAUAUUGGCAGUGUCCUUGGAAUCAGUGACUACGAGUUGCCAGGGUAAAACAUGAGCACUUCCUACCGAGGGGUGAUGUCAGCAGCACUUAACCUCCGGGCAGGGCGGACAAGCCUGGCCAGGCCUGCGGCCAGAGAGCGCAGAUCUGAAGAGCAAGCACAGGAGACAAUUACUUCUAUCCAAGAGGAGCUAACUGUCCCCCAGUGGGGCGUCUGCUGCAGCCGUGCCUAUGGUGCGUGAAAGGCCCCGCCAAGUGUGCGCUUAACCCAGCUGCCAGUGCAGUCCAUGGAAGUGUGGAAGCAGCCUGAGCCGCCUCUGCAGCCACGGAGAUGGCCCCUGACCAGAGCUCGAGGGCACUGGACCAUCUGACAGUCCUGCUGCAUGCAGUUGGGUGCUGCUCAGAGGGUGCGGGGGAGAGUGCCCUUUUCAGGACCACCUUUUCAGAUGCCCAAGGCCUGGCUUGCUGCAGUUCAGCUGUGACUCCAGGAAGGGAGGCUGAGCGAAGGCCUGACUGGACAAGCCAGUGACUGAGGGCUUUCUACACUCCUCUCAGCAGACCGCCCCAGGCGGGUUCAGGCUCCUUAAAGCAGCUGUCACCCCAAGAGCAGAACGUGCUCAGUCCUGGCUAGAAGAGUGACACACCAUACCUCGUCACCUCCUGGUAGGAUGGUGCCUGAGGCAGAGUGGUGCCAGGCACAGCUGCAAGCCCAACAACUGUGCUGCAUCAGUGGACACAGACUCCCGUUUCCAAGCCCCCAGCUGGGCUUUAAAGAACAGUGGGGCCGCUCAUCAUGAAAUGAUGGAAAGAACUUGGUGUUGCUAGUUAAAUCUUUGCUUUUCGUACUCUGAAGUGACAGGCUAAAUAAAGCAGGGGCGUCAGGGCAGGCGUGUCUCGCUGUCUCUGCCGUGAAAGGUUUCAGCAGAGGCAUUCAGAGCCUGUUUGUGGCUCACUCAGCCAGUCGCCUCCUCAUACCUAUCCGUUAAUACAUUAACUCCCUGGCGGGUCAUGUCUCGCUGCCUGAGUCCUCAGAGCUGGGGGGAGUCCGUGCUGGACAGACCCUGGAAGCCCUGUGGCCCUUGGGCUCUCAAGACUCAAGUUUUCAGAUGUCACUGCAGCUUCUUGAGACUGAGGCCUAGACAUGCCACUUAGAUCAGGAGGUGCUAAAGCCCCAGCAGGUGACCGGAAGGAAGACAGCUUUGCUAGAAGUUUCCGAUUCUAUCCUGAUCCCGCUCCUUGAGCCUCGUCAUCCCCAUUCUAAUCCUGGGGGCCAUUCAGAGCUUUGAACACUCCUGGGCCAGUUUCCAGGAUCCCCUUGGCCUUACUCGGAAGUGACCUUGUCCUUAAGAACCAAGCGCAUGGAAGUUCCCUUCCUGCCGUCACAUGUAGGUUCAUUCCAGCUCUUCUCAGAUUGGUUAAAUUAGCUCAAAGUCACAAAUUACCUAGAGGGAUCCCAAGCGAGUUAUUAGUGCUCAAUUUCAUAAGACUUGCUUUGUGAUGUCAGAGCGGCCCCUGAGCCAAACGGGAGCCAGGCAGGAGCAGGGCUAUUUGUUAAUCUCUGCAGGGGAGGCGACUCAUGUCCACUAGAAGACAAGAUGGAUGGACACAGGAAGAAGUCUAGGGGUGGGUGACUUUCCAGAUAACGCACAAUCUUGGCAGUUUGUGGAGUCAUCAAACAGGACAGGAAGAGGCUUAGAAAAAGACCAAAUUGCUACAGCAGAAUACUUUCCAAGUUAUUCCUGAGUGGUGUUUUUAAAGGGAGUGUGUCACCACCCCCUGUGGAGAGUGUGUCUGAGUGUGAGUGAGAAUGUGAGUGUGUGCGAGGGCUGCUUUAUUUAUUGUCUAAGUUCUGCUGUGAGGCUGCAGGCUGAGGUUCUCUGUUGGCUUUCUGUGUGACUUGAGGUGUAGUUAUGUGUUGGGGUGCUCUGGCCCCCUCAAGAGUGGACUGUGCAGGGCUGAGCUGUGUCCAUCACCCCUCACACUCUCAGCUGUGAGGCCUGUUCUGCCACAGCAGGGUGGGCACUGAGGGGGCUCUGGUGUCAGCUCUGCCAGUGCUUUGCUUCACUUGGAGACCAGCUGCACCUGUAUCCUGUGGGGUCUCCAGCAGAGUGGCCUUGCUGUCCAAGCUUGGAACCGAGUGCAGCAAGGCUGCAAUGACAUUCCAGGAGGCCUAGGUCUCAAGAGUCCUAUCACUUCUCCCCAGCAGGGCUGUCCCCUCAGGAAUGCCCUGGGUGUGCAAGGCUGAGGCCAGCGAGACAAUGGUGUGUGUGGAUGCCCUCCCGUGUGCCUGUGUCUUCCCAGCAUGUGUGUGGCAAGGACAUGGUGUGUGGUGUAGACAGACCUGGAGCCAGACUCCAUGUCCCGCAGUGCUGUGGGCUGUGAAGCACUGACAUGGUGCCCCUUGGCUCCCCACCAACCGGGCUGGCCGGAUGAUGCUGACAGGGACCAGGAAGGCAACUUGUCCCAAUCUGCAGCCCUCACGGCACUGGGGUGGGGGUAGGAGGUGUCUCUUGUGACCACACACCUCUGAGGCAGCUGCCCUGACCAUCUCAAGCAGAUGUAAGCUCGGAGCCACUGAUUCACUCACUAGCCAGCAGCAUGUGGAUGUGAAACACUGACAACUCACUGAGUCAGGAUUCUAAAAUUUCAGAUAAAAAAUUGCUUUUACACACAUGUGUGCCCUUCUUGUCCAGAUCUGUUCUGGUGACUCCCCCAGACCCAGAAGCAGCUGCCUGUGGGGGAGCGCUUGAGCCCGCAGUACUCGGUGCCUCAGCCCUCUGUCUCCCUGGCCUCACCCGCAGGGUCUGAGCGUCGUCUUGUGUCCUUGCCUGUCGUGACAAUCACACUGAAGGUGGCUUUCUAGCUCAGCUUGACACUAACCCCUGAGUCUGAACUGCAUGUGGGGCCAGCCCUCUCUGGGGAGAAAGGCUCUGAGUAGCAGCAGGUUGGGGGAAGCUUAACUCGGGCAGUGAGAUGCCACACACAAGUGGCUUCUCUUCAGCGAGUAGCAUCAGAGCGUCCACAGACUUGGAUGCUGCCACCACAGCCCACUAGAGUCUGGGCUAUUUUUCUACCGUUUCCAAAUGACCUUGUAAACCAGUGUUCACCUAGUUUUAUAACUGAAAAGCUGCACAUUUUUCUGAGUACAGAGCCUAGUUUUUACCUCUAGCCAGGGCCUCCCCAGAAGGUAGCUGUCCCGUCAGCCCUUUUAUGAGAUGAACAUGAGAGGAGAACUUGGGCAGUGGAUGUUCUUGGGCUGUUUCUGUAACCUCUGCCCUUCACAACAUAGGAAAUGUUGUUGAUGCCGUUACCUUUUAAUUCCAGGUUUUAAAUCUGUUGAAAGCUGUGUUUGAAAUCGGCUUGACGGGAUGGCAUUUAAAAAUCUAGCAUGUCUUUUAAACCUGAGUUUACUACCUAAUUGGUGUCUGUCUCCAAGAGGUUUGCAUUGUUGUGUUUGUAGAGUGCUGCAGUGCAUGGACCAACUAGCUUCCACGUUUUAUUAAAUGCUGUUUUAACGUGG